AUGUUUCCAAAUUAUCAGUUGUUUUUAUAAACAUAUUUUCUCUUUCCAGUGUGUUGCUAAGAUAUAUUAAGAUUCAUUUUUUAAGAUAUAUAAUAUGUAUGUUAUUUUUUUUCCUCUUUGCAAUAAAUUUGUUUCAUAUCAGUGAAAAAAUAGUUCAUAUAUUUUUUCUCUGUUUUGUAUUGAACUUUGUCUUUUAUCAUGUAUUAUUUAUAUCUGCUUUUCAAUUCACAAACAAGGUGUUUUCCUUCUUGGAAGGAUUGACGGUGUGCAUUAUUUGCUCCGUCUUAUUGAACUGUUCAUUUUAUUGUCUUUAUUUUGAAAACGUACAUAAACAAAUAAUGCCAAACGUCUUGAUGAUAUUUAUCAGUAAAAUGUUUUUGAGCUUGUUCAUUUAUGGGGGAAUAUGCUGCUUCUGUUGUUUGUCGAACGAUAUAAAAAAAAAAGAAAAAAAAAAUAUAUAUAUAAUUUUUAUAUCGUCCAUAUUAUUUUUUUUGUAUAACUUAUAUAAUUUAUUUUCCUAUCAGUAUGAUGCAAUAAACAAAAACGAUAUAAAUACCUUUUACGUCCUCACAAAUAUAUUAAUAUCUAAGAUGAAUUAUCUUUUAAUUGUUGCUUGGAUUAUUAUAACUAUAAGCUAUUUAAUAUAUAUUAACAGUCUUAUAAAAAAAAAGAAAAAGCUUCCUUAUGUUAGGAAGCACUAUCACUUUCUUUUAUUUACAAAUGUGUAUUUAGCAUUUAUAACGAAUAAGGUUGACGUUCUAAUAGUAUUUCUUUCCUUUUGUUUUUUUCUUUUCAUUUUUAUUGAGCUUAUAAGAAAAAUAUUUGAACAUUUUCUUCCAUCAUGUAAAGUAAUAAAAAAUUUUAUAUCCAGAUUUAUAGAUGAGCGGGAUAAUAAAGGAUUGGUUGUUACUCAUAUUUAUCUUUUAACGGGGGUAUAUAUACCCAUUUUAAUAGAUACAAUAUUUAAUAACAAUAAUUAUAUAAAGAGAAGAAAUCAAAGUAUUUUCAAUUUUAAUAAAGUUAAUUUUAUGUUAUAUAGCUCGGCAUUGAAUACAAUAUGUAUAGGGGAUUCAAUGGCUGCCAUUGGAGGUAUGUUAUAUCCAUGGCCUAAAAUAAAAAACACAAAUAAUAAAUCCUUCGUAGGUUCCUUAUUUUUUUUUAUUAGUACAUUUAUUUCAUUACUUGUUUUUAACUAUCCAUUUGAACCGAAUGUUUUAUCACACAUAAACAUAUUUUUUACAAUAUCUAUAUUUGGGGCCCUCUUCGAAGCCUAUAUUCACGAUAUCGAUAAUUUAAUCCUUCCCAUAUUUACCUUUUUUAAAAGGUUGAUAAAAAUGUCCUAUAUUAAG